CAGAGAGCUACCUGACUCUGAGUGCUGAACAUCAGAGAGCUACCUGACUCUGAGUGCUGAACAUCAGAGAGCUACCUGACUCUGAGUGCUGAACAUCAGAGAGCUACCUGACUCUGAGUGCUGAACAUCAGAGAGCUACCUGAGACUGAGUGCUGAACAUCAGAGAGCUACCUGAGACUGAGUGCUGAACAUCAGAGAGCUUCCUGAGACUGAGUGCUGAACAUCAGAGAGCUACCUGAGACUGAGUGCUGAACAUCAGAGAGCUACCUGAGACUGAGUCCUGAACAUCAGAGAGCUACCUGAGACUGAGUGCUGAACAUCAGAGAGCUACCUGAGACUGAGUGCUGAACAUCAGAGAGCUACCUGAGACUGAGUGCUGAACAUCAGAGAGCUACCUGAGACUGAGUGCUGAACAUCAGAGAGCUACCUGAGACUGAGUGCUGAACAUCAGAGAACUGAUCAUCUGCUCCAUCCGCCGGCUCCCAUAAAGACAUCACCAUGGCAACGAGCAUGUCAUCAAAAUACGACUACAUCACCUCCAAACGUCUGAUACAUUCAGGCUCUCCUGCUGUCUACCAGCUGCUGCCAAAGAAAAAGGACAUAGGAACUCUUAAAAAACUGACUCUGGGUAAAAGAAAUCCAGACAAAACCAACAGAACCAUCUUACUUGUUGGUGAAACCGGAACAGGGAAAUCUACUCUGCUCAACGUUCUCGUGAACUACGCCAUGGGGGUGAAGUGGCUGGACAACAUCUGGUUUCAGAUCGUUGAGGAGAAGAAAAAUACUGCACAAGGGGGAUCUCAGACAGAGGGUCAGAGUGUAAGUCAGACCUCAGAUGUGAUCGUGUACGAGAUCUUUGGUUUUGAAGGUAAAACUCUGCCCUACUCUCUGACCAUCAUCGACACUCCUGGAUACGGAGACACCAGAGGAGCUGAGGAAGAUGACAAGAUCAGUCGGAGACUGUUGGACGCGUUUCGCUCAAAGGAUGGAGUCCAUGAGAUGAAUGUCAUUUGUCUGGUGAUGAAAUCUACUGAGAAUCGACUGAGUGACCGUUUGAGGUACAUAUUUGAUUCAGUGGUGUCUCUGUUUGGAAACGACAUGGAGAACAACAUCAUCUCCCUCAUCACACACUCAGACAUGAUGACACCCACAAAUGCUCUGAAAGCUAUUGAGGCUGCAAACAUCAAGUGUGCCAAAGAUAAAGAUAAUCAGUCGGUUCAUUUUAUGUUCAAUAAUCACCAAGGCACAGAGAGAACAAAGGAAAAUAAGGCCGUUUUAAAAUCUGCAUGGGACUUCACAAACAGACAAAUGAAAGAAUUCACUGGCUUCCUUCGAAAGCGUAAUCCUCAGAGCCUGACGACAACUGUUGAAGUGUUGAAUGAACGCAUCAGACUGACGGCCUGCCUCCAGAACCUGCAAGAACGAGUUCAGAUGAUUGAACUAAAGCAGAGAGAAGCUCAACAGAUUCAGGAAGCUCUGAAGAAACACGAAGAAGAGAUGAAGAGCAACAAAGAAGAUUUUGAUACCGCUAAAAAACACCAGACAGAGAUCCAGCAGACUCGGGACGCUCUGAAGAAACAUGAAGAAGAGAUGAAGAGCAACGAGGACUUCACUGUGGAAGUGGAUGAGGUCUACAAAGAGAAAGAACCCAUCGAUGGUGGGAUGUGGGGGUUAGGGUUUUAUGAAGGAGCUCUCUGCUGUAACGUCUGUGAGGAGAACUGUCACUACCCUAAAUGCACGAUGGCCUGGUCUCCCAGUCACUGUCAGGUCAUGAAAAGAGGCCGCUGUACUUCAUGUACCAACAAAUGUCCUGCGUCUGACCACGUGAAAGAGGAGAAGAUCUACGUGAUCAAGACCAGGAGAGUUCAGAAGACCCUUCAGGGCGUGAAAGAGAGGUAUUUGAGAGGUAAGACUGACUUUGAGGAGACAAGAGGCCGUUUGAAAGAUCUUGAGAAGGUGAAAACAACCCAGGGAGAUGAAGAAGAGAAGUAUGAAAGAAGUAAAGCAGACUGUGAGGAGAAGACUGGUCUCCUUGCUGAUCUGGAGAAACACAUGGAAGAGCUUCAGAAGGACAAAGAUAAGUGGUUGGAGGAGGCCUUCCAGCAUAUUCUCAAACUGGAGCAGAUCGCUCUGAAUGUGGACUCCCUGUCCACUCUGGUCCACCUGGACUUCCUGAUCCAGAAGAUGAAGGAGAGAGGAGACACAGAGAAGGUCCAGAAACUGGAGGAGAUGAAGAGACGAGAGGAUGAAGGAAAAAAAAAAGGAAUGGGGUACAUGGCCGGCAGAGCAGCAGCAAGUUUAGAUGAAGGAAGAAGAGCUGUACAGGAGUACAUGGUCGGCAGAAUGGUGACAGCUGGUAAAUCACUUUUAGGAUUGAAAUAAUAAGUGAACAGGAUGAUUGAGAGCAGACACCUGUGGAUGAAAAAGGUGAACCUGCUGAUACAGAAGUUUAAGGAUCAUUGAAGAAGUUUCAGUCCAGAGCUGUUGGGCCUGAUUUAUGUUGUUUUCCUGCAUAAAGACCUGAAUGUGGUCUUCCUCCUGAAACAGUGCCUGCUGAUGAUCGUGAUGACUGCAGCUGUUUAUUCUUAACCUUUGUUCUUCUGUUUCUUUAACCAGUGAUUAACUGUAUAAACUCGUAUCACGUCCUCUGGUGUUAGAUGUUACAGACAGCAGCAACACAAACCGUCCUUCAGUUGGACAGACGUCCGUGUCUCUGUCUUCAGAUCCUCUGUGUGAGUUCAAUGAUUUAUUGUUGUUUCAGUCUGUGGUUUAUUUUAAAUGAUGUGGAGGAGGAGUCAGAAACUCUUCAGUUUGUCACAUGUUCAUUAGAAAGUAGAAAUAUUCUGUUCUAUCUGAAUCAUAUGUUCACUCUUUAAAUCUGUUGUUCUGUUUGAUGAAGAAACCAGUCUGUAAUAAUUCAAAGACUAUAUAACAUUUAGUUUAACAUCGUCUCAGGUUCACAGGAUCUGAGUUCUUGUUUUAAUCACAUGUUCAUCGUUGGUGGCACAAUAUAUUGUUUUGUCAUUCAACUUUUUUUUGCAUUUUUUUCAGUAUUUUUUUGUUCACGACAAGUUGACAAAUUAU